UUCAUCUACCUAUUCAUGGUUGAUAGGGCACACAUCAUUAGACAAACGAGAAAAAGGCGCUUAAAGUCGAAACUCUAUCUCUUCAACUCAUUCGGCAUGUUGGGUGUGUUCGUCCUGGUUGUUAUCAUGAACUUUAUUUUCCGAAUUACUCAUUUUGAGAAUGGCAUCUGCAUUAUUGGGAUGGAGCAGCCGGUGUUGCUCCCACUCAUCUCUUUCGACGCAGCUGUGAACGUUUAUCUCACAAUUUUAUUUUUACUUCCUUUACUGAGUCUACAUUCCGUAAAGUACAACUUCUGGAAGCCAUGGACAUUGGACUGGCGUAAUCGUCGCAUCCCCAGAGCUCCACCAAAUGUUCGGCUACGAAAGCUCGUGAUACGCACUUUCAUCGGUUCUUGCUGCACCCUUGUUAGCAGUGUGACAAAUCUGAGUGUUCUCAUGGCUUUGAAUGGAGAGGUGGCAUGGCUGUGCUUGCUAUGCUGCAACACUGAUAUCUUCUUCUCGGCUCUGGUGAUCAACUGGAUUACGUCACCUGGCCAGGAGUCAACAUUAAGAACCUUAACCCGACCAUCACGCGGCAUAUCUACGUUAAGGGAUGACGCCGUCACUAUUCCACUUGAUCCUGACGGCAACAGCACGAGCACGAGAAAGAGCUGGGAGCAGAGGCGAUCAAAAACACCGACAACGAUCGGCCUCGAAACAGCAGAUGCGCUUGAUGACGGUGACGCAGAAUUGGGCGAGCGCCGUGUGCGAGACGACGAUGAUGCCGACGCAGAUCAGACAUUCGAAAGGGAAGCGGGGCACUCUGACGACGAUGACGAUAUCGAAAUAAGUGCUGCCGAAUUACGAGAUAUCCAGAAAUGAGCAGUGAGAUGGGUGAAGGGGUCAUCACAAAAUUUACGAAAAGUUUAUGUUCUGUCUUUGGAUCAAAAUACAGGUGACUGGCUAUGGGAUAGAGAAGAGUUUGGUACACAUACGGAGGUGAAAUGGGAAUUGGUGCCAUCGCGGUAUGAUAUUACGGCCAUACUUUAGGCGCGACUCUGGCACGUCACCCUACCAUACCGACGAAUUUUUGAUGGCGAUCUCAUCAAAGUCGAGAUGCCUUGCAAUAUGGGACAGUUCAAAAU